UAAAAAAAAUUUCGCGCCUAAUCGAUAAUAUUCCAAAAAUCUCAAUUAUUUCGGUCAAAAAGUAGACUCCCUCUCUGCUCUCCGUCUCGUCUCGUCUACUGUGCUCUGUCUCACUUUAGUCAAUUAUUUCUCUCUCUCUCUCUCCUCUGAGACAAAUCCUCUCCUCUCUCACCUGAAAUAGAUAAGACUUACUCUCUUCUCAUCUCGUUGAUAUCUACCGACCUCCCUUCCUCAUCUUAUCUACUCCACUCCUCCUCCUCCUCACACUCCUCACACUCUUCCCUCCCUCAUCUUAUCUAUUUCAAAAUUCCCUCUACUGACGAUGACUCACCCGUACCAAGAGAUGAAGGACAUGAAGAAACACAAGAAACACUACGACAUGUUAGGCUACAUUUGCGAUGCCCAGUAUGGAAUUCCUACCCGUUGUCCAUGUGGCGGUGAAAUCAAGACAGAUGUUUCUCCAAAUCCUAAGUAUCGCCACGAUUUCGAUACCUUGCCUGGGAGUAGGUACUUCACCUGCAAGAAUUAUGAGGACGAUGGGAUGCACUUUCGUCAGCCAUGGGCUUUUGGUGUUGAGGAUGAAGUGAGGCGCCUAAGGAUGGAGGUGAAUGACAUGGCUGAAGAGAUUGCUAAGCUUAAGAGGAUUAUACCUCUACCUCUCGUCCAUGAGAUUCUCAAAUCUCAAGUUUGUUCUGUUAAGUCUUUGAAUCUUAUCUAA